AUGAGAAGAGGCACCAAGGCCAUCAACGAUCCUCAGGGUGUCCUGGCCAAUACUCUCAAGACCCUUUUUCAGCCAGUUGGAUCCAUGCCACCAAGCUUUGGAUUUAUCAGCUACGGUGAUCAACUUCCAAAAGAUGUAGCUUCUCAAAACUUUGGUCACAGUAAAGGCGUUCUGCUCGUGAAUGAAAGUGGAACUGGAAUCUGGCUCCUGCACAGCACACCAAAGUUUCCUUAUGCAAGAGAUGAAAAUUCCUUCUGGCCUUCAACUGGAGUAAAAAAUGCACAGACAUUUAUCUGUGUAACAUUUCCCUAUGACGAGUUUAGGAAAAUUGGUAAACAUCUGCAGUAUAUUCGAGCUUUCCCAUUUGACCAUCGUAUUCCAGGAGAUUUCCACACAGAACUACAGGAUGUUGUAAACAAGGUUGAUGUUCCUCCAGAUGAUAAUUUUCAGCAACUGACCUCAAGUAAGAGGUCAAACUUUUACAGCAUCGCAAAAAACCAUAGCUCUGCUGAUGAUGAUGGUGAAGAUCUUUAUGUCAAUAUCGCACAAAAAGUCAGCAGUGAUCUGCUCGUCCAGACGUGGGGCUGCCAGAUGAGGCGGGAUACAUCCUUCUGUAAAGAGAAUAAAUUCAAAGUGGAAAAUAUCAAUACUACAGCAACUAGCCUCGGUCAAUGGAAUAAUACAAAGGACCAUUCCAAGUGGUGUGUAGCUAAAGAUCCAGAGAAUAACUGGAUGUGUGUUGCUGAUGUAAACAGAGCCCCGAGCCAGUACGCUAGGCGUGGAGGUGCACUGUGUAUUAAUGAUAAAAAAAUAAAAGACAUUUUUCAGAAUUUUGCAAACAAAAUUGAGGACUGUCAAAACAGGAGCCUCCUGGACAUCCUGAACAUCAUGAACCCCGACUGUGAUCCAUAGCUACAUACUGACUAAAAAAGGCUAUUAUUAGCAGUCUGUGUUACUUUAAAGCAUUUGGCAUGUCUAAAAUUAAUUUAUAUUUUAAAUCUAUUGAGCUCGUUUCCUGCAUGUUUUGAUCUAUGAUC